AUGUCACAGAAACACCAAGACGUUGUUGCAAUGGUCGGGCAUGAUGCAAUGAAGAGAGCAAACUCUACACUUGAGGAUUUUCAGCACCAUGCUAUUCCAGUCCGCGCCUUUGCAAAGGCAGCUGCUCCUCCAACAUUUAAAGGAGAUGCACUAAACAAUGAAACAACGUGUUACUAUGAUGAGGCUAGACAGAACAGUCAUCGAGGUUGUCAACCUUGCAAGAAGGUUGUUUCACAUAAGAGCUUCUCACAAAUUUCUUGCACUGCUCAGAAUACGUUACUUCACAGUCUUCCUCUCUUCAAGCUAGCGGUUAUGCAGGAAAAGGUUUGGUUUUCUAAACUGUGGGCAACGAGACAUGAAUUACUCUUACUGGACAUCAAUAAUUCCAACUCACAAGUACCACUCUGA